AUGCAGGGUCCCACCAGCCCCAGGAAUGGCGAGCUGCGCGAGAUACAGUAUCGCAAGCAUCUCUCAUUGAAGCACACACUGAAGAUUGUCAUUCGCAAUAGCAUCUACGCCGCUAUUGGACGCGUUUUCGUGGGGGUCGUGAAAGCCUUAGUGAAGCACGGUGUCUCCAGAGCGUUCUUAGUCCGCAUACCGUCCGAAUUCCUCUCGCUGAAUCCUUUGAAAUGGGCGGCCGUCUUCGGCGGCUUCUCGAGCUUCCGUUUCUGCCUGCAGACACUGCUUCGCAUCCUCACGCCAUUUGGAGUCUCGAAGAAGUUUGUGUCGCUGCUGGCGGGCUGCACUAGCGCCACGCCUGCGUUUGUCAUGAACAAGGAGACGCGCACGGAGAUGUGCCUGUACCUGUUCGUCCGCAGCGCCCACACCUUCUCGCUGCGCUACCUUCUGCCACGCAUGCCAAAGAUCCUUCAGGAGUUCCACCACUACGACGUGGUGCUCAUGUGUCUGAGCUCGGCUCAAAUCGCCUACGGCUGUCUCUUCAACCCGAACACCUUGCCGAAGUCAUACCAAGGCUUCCUGAACCGCGCUUCUACUUAUCCAGAGAAGCUCAUCCGCGGCCAUUCUGGGUUCUGCCGCGAGCGUCUUCUCCCCGAUCUUGUAGACUACUGCUGGUCGAAGAAGCUUCCCCUCAUCGAGAACUUUGGCCAACGCGGUGCCGACACCCUUUGCAAGGUGGCACACAGCGAUUACUCGUGCAACAUGUGGGCGAUCAUCUUCAUCUUCAAGAAUAUGCUUACGAUGGGCGUGCCGCUUUACGGCCCGCUUCGAAUCGUGUCGAUGCUGGCGUUCCAACGCAAGCGUCUCAUGACGAACCCAGUUUCCACGAUCGUGCAAAACGUGCGCUCGAUGCUGAUCAGCGCCCUGUUUCUCGCCUUGUACGCUGCAGUCAUUCUGCGUUCUGCCUGCUUUGGCGUGCAACACCGAGGCGGAGGCACGAAGACGGUGACGGCGCUGUGUUCCAUAGCUGGGCUGGCAACGCUGCUCGAGCCGAAGGGACGUCGCAUGGAUCUCGCCCUGUACUGCUCUAUGCACGCGCUUCGCUCCUUCCUGCUUACACAGAACCUGCGUGGUCGCCUGCCCUACCCGCGCCACUGGUUAGUGUGCACCGUAUAUCUGCUCUCCGUCGGCUUUCUCUGUUACCAGUACGAGGAGGAACCGAAGCUGUUGGACCGCCGCGUUCGCACGGCGCUGCGCCUUCUGCUAGACGAGCAGCCACCCACGGCGUUGGCAGAGGAGACGUCGCCGCUCGCGAGCGCCGCGUCCAUGUACGACGAUGCGGAAGCGCCUGCAGAGUUUCAGUGCGGGCAAAAUCAGGGGAAAGCGAGUGCAAGUCACCAACACCGUGUCCUUUGCGUCGACGCGCCAAGAACGGUAGACUUGCCAGAGGAGGCCAGGGUGGUGGAGGGAAAGGGGCAGCAGUGGCGGCACUACAGGCGCAGCGUCGCAGCUUUUUCUGCCACGAAGUUCAAGGAACAGCAAUAG